AAAAAAAAAAAAAAAAAAAAAAUGAAAAAAAUCUCUUGUCCAAUUUCUCACCCUCUUGUUCAAUUUCUCACUCUUUUUUUUUUUGAAGGAUCAUCUUACGAUGACACUUUUUUUUAUAUAAAUAGUUACCUUUCCUUAACAAUCCUUUUUCUUUUUUUCUCGUCAAUAAGAAUAUUAUUAAAAAUAAAUACUAAAAUCAAUUUGUAUAUAAAUUAUACAAACAUCUGGCCACUCUUUUGGAUAAUCAUCAUCUAAAAGUUUUA